ACAAGCAGCUCUCUACUCAAUAAAGCUAAACCCGUUCAGCUACAAAGCAUCGCACACUUCGCUUUUUGAUUUUCUUCUUUCCUUCGACCAUCACGCAACCUCUCAACUCGCUUCACUGGAUAACAUUGAGAAUGUCUAAACUCAUUAUCAACGUGGACAAGUUACAGAGUUAUCUCAACGGACCGAUCGUCAAAGUCCUUGUGGGCAAAGAGGGCGAAGCACAGCCGUUCUUCGUACACAAAGACCUGCUCACAGCACGAUCCAGUUUUUUCGCCAAAGCUCUCAAGCACUAUCGCACUCGCAGCGAAUCUACAGACGCUGCUGAGCUAAUUGAGGAUGGUGGCGGCGACGCAUGGCACGAGAGCAGUACUGGCGUUGUCAAACUGCCAGAUGACGACCCGGACAUCUUUAUCCUGUAUGUCCAUCUAAUCUACCAUGGGUCUUUACCAGUUCGCGAAGAGCCAAACCUUGGGAAGUCAUCAAAAACCACGGGAUCCCGGGAACCAAAUGACAAAGAAAUCGAUAUUGCGGACUUGGCUGCAAGUGAACAUAACAUGUUGGCUAAACUGUACGUGUUGUGCGAAAAGAUUCAAGAUUGUACAGCAAAACGCACAGUUAUGACGGCUACUGUAGAGUCGACCAAGAUGGUGCGGGCAAAUAACAAACUUUAUUACGUGGAUCGUGACGCUGUUUUGAUUAUCUACAACGGAACAAUGCCCGAGGAUCCGAUGCGACAGUUCAUGGUCGACUGUGCUGUACUGCAUGGUGACGCAAGGUGGCUCAAUAAGGAGGAUACAACUGCGGAUCAUAGCGAACACUUUCGAGAUCUUGUAUUCGCCCUGUUAAAACACCGGCCGGUACCACCAAGCACUUGCGGUCUCAACAUCACAGAUGCUGCGCUGUACUGCGACAAGAUCAAGGCAUUUGAUGACGAAGCCCAAAAGGGCACGAUGUAGAUCGCUAAGGGCACCAUGGACACCAACCACGAUCUCGCCUAUCGAUCUCUCGCUAGUAUAACUACUGGGUCGAGUGAUAUUGAACUCGGAGCUGGAUAGUCGCGAUCUUUCUGCAAACGAUGGCGCGGACACGUUUUACCACUUACAGCACUGCAGCCGACGAAUCUGUA